GAGCACCGCAGAGUGAACCACAUAAAUGCGGAACACAAACGUCGGUGCAACAUCAAGAAUGGCUUUGACACGCUGCAGCAAUUGAUACCCAGCUUGCAGCAGGCUUCGAAUGCGAAGGUUUCCAAAGCAGCCAUGUUGCACAAGGCCGCGGAUCUCAUUGCUCAGCUCAAACAGGAACGACACGAAAGUCAGGAUGAGGUCCUGCGUCUCCGCAGUGAAAUCGAGUCCAUCUCUCGGGAAAUC